AUGUUCGGAAUGGCAAAGUCUACGGUAAACACAUAUAAUCUCCUGGUGGUUGUGUUUGUUGCCUUGGGGACACUAGCUACUGCGUAUGGACUCGCCGUGAUUGGAAGUACAGUCGGGCAACCGAGUUUCUACACCUACUUCAACCUCCCAGCCGCAGGAGAGCCGGGAUAUGCUCAUACGACGAACAUCAUCGGCGGACUCAACGGGUUGAACUCCGCGGGAGCCAUUUUGGGGUGUGCGUUGAGUGCUUGGGCCGCGGAUUACGUGGGAAGGAAACGAACCAUUCAGAUUGGUUGUGGGGUGUUGAUUAUUGGCGGAGCUCUCUGUGCUGGGUCUGUGAGUAUUGGAAUGUUUUAUGCGGGACGCUUGGCUGCUGGAGUGGGAGCCGGGACGCUUGCUGUGGUGGUUCCGAUGUAUCAAGGAGAAAUCAGCACGGCCGAUAUCCGAGGCGCUAUGAUGUGCGUCACGGGAGUCUUCUAUGCCAUCGGCUACGGCUGGGCGGGUUGGAUGGGCUACGCAUGCUAUUACUUCCCCUCGACCUCCCCGCACGCCACCUUCGCCUGGCGCUUCCCCCUCGCAUUGCAAUGCAUCCCUCCCAUGAUCGUCCUGGCAGGAAGUACCCUGAUCCCCUUUUCCCCCCGCUGGCUGCUCGCGCAAGAUCGACGCGAAGAAGCCCUCUCCAUCGUCGAACGUCUACACGCCACUCCCAACGAUCCCCAUCACACUAUCGCGAGACAGGAAUUCUACCUCAUGGAGCAACAGUUCGAACUGGAUAAACAAUUCCCCACUCGUCCCUUUGAGAUUUUCAGGGGUAGACCGAAUCAGAAACGAGCGGCUGUGGGAGCUAUUAUGAUGUGGGGGAAUCAAUUCUUGGGAAUCUUCGUCAUGACGAAUUAUGGAGUGUUGAUUUAUGCGAGUUUGGGGUUUGAGGGGUCUGUGCCGUUGUUGUUGAAUGCGUGUUGGACGACGUUUACGCUGCUGGGAAAUGUGUGGACGGCGCUGUAUAUUGAUAGAUUUGGGAGGAGGACUUUCUUGUUGAUUGGUGCUACGGGGUGUACGAUAUCCCUCAUCUUCCUCUGCGCCAUGACGGCAAGUUUCCUCAACACUACAAACACCGCCGGUCUCAACGCCGCAGUCUUCUUCAUCUGGUUAUACAUUUUCUGGUGGUGUUUCUUCGUCGACGCUACUCAAUACGUCUACGUAAGCGAAAUCUGGCCCAAUCAUCUACGUUCUCAAGGAACAGCGUGGGGAUUAUCCUUCUUCUUCCUCGCUUCGGAAAUUACGCUCGUGGGAGCUCCCGUGGCAUUGAAUGACAUCGGAUGGAAAUUUUACCUUGUCCUGAUCAUUCCAUCUGCGAUUUAUAUCGCUAUGAUCUAUCUUCUCUUUCCUGAAACCAAAGGCCGAACGCUCGAAGAAAUCGGCACGCUAUUCGGAGAUGACGCGCACGUUGCUUCGCAUUGGUAUGAUCUCAACGACAUUGAAAAGGAGAAAAUCACGCGUGAAGCAUUCCGCUYAUCAACCACCGAGGAUGGGAAAGUUAUAGGCUAA